UAAGUGCCAUUCAGCAGAGAUUACUGUGUGAUUCUGACUCUGAAAAUACAGGGAAUUCAUUCUCUAAAGACAGGGCAAUAGAAGAGACACUGCGAAAGGACAUUCACCCUUAGGAGGACUCUGAAUCCAGUACAGGGGCCAGUUUGUGUAAGGAAGAGCUGUGGGAAUGUCUGUGGGAGCUGCAGCAGUGCAGGCGACUAGCAGGAAGAGAGCAAGCACACACAGUGCAGCAGCAGCAGCAGCAGACAAGUAUCCAGCAAAGAGGAGAGCCAGCUGGGGCAUUCUUACUAACCAAGGGUCAUGGGCAGAUCGAUCACCUCUGCAUGAGGCAGCCAGUCAGGGUCGUCUUCUAGCUUUGAAAACAUUGCUCUCACAGGGUUAUAAUGUAAACACACUGACGAUCGAUCACGUGACUCCGCUCCAUGACGCCUGUCUGGGGGAUCAUGUUGGAUGUGCAAGGACCCUUUUAGAAGCUGGAGCAAAUGUGAAUGCCACAACAAUUGAUGGAGUGACUCCCUUAUUUAAUGCAUGUUCAAGAGGCAGCGCUAGUUGUGUGGAGCUUCUUUUGGAGUAUGGUGCAAAAGCACAGUUGGAAAUAUGUCUUCCUUCACCGAUACAUGAAGCAUCAAGUAAAGGGCACAGCGAAUGCUUAGAUGUACUGAUUUCCUGGGGUAUAGACGUGGACCAAGACAUUCCUCAUUUAGGAACUCCUCUUUAUGUUGCUUGUAAAGGCCAACAUAUCAGCUGUGUACGAAAGCUCUUAUAUGCAGGUGCUAAUGUCCAGCAUGGUAGACAUUUAGACACUCCAUUACAUGCUGCUGCUCAGCAGUCCAAUGCAGACAUUGUUAACUUAUUACUGGACUUUGGUGCAGAUAUAAAUGCCAAAAAUAUAGACUUUAAACGCCCAGUUGAUGUUGCUGCUGCAAGAAGCUUGGUGGAAAGGCACUUGUUGAUGUAUGAAGCUACUCCACGUUCACUCUGUCAGCUGUGCAGAUUAUGUAUCCGAAACUGCAUAGGAAGAUCCAGAUUUCAUCUUAUUCCACAACUCCAGCUUCCAACAGUACUAAAAGAUUUCUUACAGUAUCGAGAAAGUAUAAGAAACUUUUAAUAAUUUGUGUGAAUGUGUAGAUAUAUAUAUAUAUAUAUUUGACAUGAAAGUAAAAGACUAUCUCUAACCAAAUAAUGACAUUUACAAAUGUAAAGCACGUACAGAAGGUAAAUAUGAAUAAAAAUGUAAAAAUAAAAUAAUUAAUAUACCAAUCUGAUGUUAUAUUCA